ACGUUUAGCAUACAUGUUGCUUCCUGGCCAAUGUUUGUUCCUGAGUCAUGAUGCAGAGACUUCUUGAUAUACAGGAGCUUUGAUUAUCUCCACAAUACCGAAGUAUACGAUGCAAUUUUCAGAAGAAAUUCAUUUUACUCUUGGACUGGCCUUUCCACAUUGUAUUGACUGAGGAUGCCCUGCAUGUCAAAAAACGAUUUCUGGACAUCUUAUUGAGUUCACACUGAUUUUUCAUGGAUUACUGGUCUGACAUCAAUGCCAGUUUAGAAUAAAUCUGUAAAGUACAAGCAGUCCCCAGGUUACGAACAAGGAUAUUUAACAUGACACUGAUAUACUGGACAGGAGCUUCUGGGAAGUUAUUUUUUUGAAGUAAUGCCCACAGAAAGUGGAAGCUGUGCCAUUGCUCGCCAAGCAAAGCAGAAACGCAAAUCUCACAGUCUUUCUAUACGACGGACAAACAGUUCUGAGCAAGAGCGAUCAGGAUUGCAGAGAGAAAUGCUGGAAGGCCAGGAUUCAAAACUCCCAUCAUCUGUUAGAAAUACACUUCUGGAACUUUUUGGCCAAAUAGAAAGAGAGUUUGAGAAUCUCUACAUUGAAAACCUUGAACUACGUAGAGAGAUUGAUACACUUAAUGAGCGCUUAGCAGCCGAAGGCCAAACCAUUGAUGGAGCUGAAUUAAGCAAGGGACAACUGAAAACAAAAGCCAGUCAUAGUACCAGUCAGCUCUCUCAGAAAUUAAAGACUACUUACAAGGCAUCUACUAGCAAGCGCUCAAAUUCUUUCCCAGGCAAAUCAGGUGGACCUCGCAACUUCAGCGUGGGAAGCUGGGAAAUAUGGGGUGGAGACUCCUGGAUUGUAUCCAGUUUCAAAACAACAACAUCCAGAGCAAUCUGCCAGCUGGUGAAAGAGUAUAUUGGCCAUCGGGAUGGGAUUUGGGAUGUCAGUGUUACGAAAACUCAGCCAAUAGUUCUGGGGACUGCAUCUGCUGAUCACACUGCUUUGCUUUGGAGCAUAGAAACAGGAAAAUGCCUUGUCAAAUACGUUGGACAUGCUGGAUCAGUAAACUCCAUUAAGUUCCAUCCAGCGGAGCAAGUGGCUCUCACAGCUUCAGGAGACCAGACAGCUCAUAUCUGGAGGUACAUGGUGCAGUUGCCUACACCUCAACCUACCACAGACUGCAAUCAAAUGUCUGGAGAAGAUGAAGUUGAAUUCUCUGAUAAAGAUGAACCAGAUGGAGAUGGAGAUGGUUGUGGAGAUUGCCCCACUAUCCGGACUUCUUUAACCUCACUGAAAAGCCAUCAAGGAGUCGUCAUUGCAGCAGAUUGGCUGGUCGGAGGAAAGCAGGCUGUGACAGCUUCAUGGGACAGGACGGCAAAUUUAUAUGAUGUGGAGACAUCUGAACUUGUGCACUCUCUGACAGGGCAUGAUCAAGAACUUACACAUUGUUGCACGCAUCCCACCCAGCGUCUUGUGGUGACCUCAUCACGCGACACAACCUUCCGUCUUUGGGAUUUCAGAGAUCCUUCUAUCCAUUCUGUGAAUGUCUUUCAGGGCCAUACAGACACUGUGACUUCGGCCGUCUUCACUGUGGGAGACAAUGUUGUUUCCGGUAGUGAUGACCGUACUGUGAAAGUCUGGGACUUGAAGAAUAUGAGGUCACCAAUUGCCACUAUUCGCACAGAUUCUGCAGUAAACAGGAUUAAUGUUUGUGUCGGUCAAAGAAUCAUUGCACUUCCACACGACAACCGGCAGGUUAGAUUAUUUGACAUGUCUGGAGUGCGAUUAGCACGGCUCCCUCGCAGCAACAGACAGGGCCACAGAAGAAUGGUCUGUUGUUCAGCUUGGAGUGAAGACCACCCGCUAUGUAAUCUAUUCACUUGUGGAUUCGAUCGCCAGGCUAUUGGCUGGAACAUCAACAUCCCUGCCUUGCUUCAGGAAAAAUGAGAUGUUGGAAGUAUUUUCCCUCCCUUUUCAGUUUUGUUGCCAUAGACUUCUGUGCAGACUUUCCUGUAACAUAGUCUGCUGUCAUUGUAAAAGGUGCUCCUUGAAAGGGGAUGUAUUGCAAAAGUUGUUACCACGUUGUGCACAGUUGCAUGAAAUAUACAGGAAACAUGUGACCUUUUCAAAGAAGUUAGGUUCUUAUGUAUGAACUUUUAUAUCUUGGCAUCUACUGGUGACUAGAAGGAUGUUUGGCUUUCCUAUGGAGCAUAUGAGUGUUCAUAAGUUAUUCAGCCUAGAUGAAGAGUAGGGCAUUAUGUCUGACUUAAAUGUGAAUUCUGUGUACUUAUUGUGAAGAAUAUAUAGUCUGCCUUUACCCUAUCAUUUUACAUAUCUGCCUUGUUGUUAAAGAGAGUAUAGGGCUAAACUUUCAAGAUGAAGGGUGAAUUUCAUUGAGAAGUAUGGUGGAGAUUUACUUGUGUUUGUAGGAAGUCUGACUUGACUCCAAUGUAGUAUUAAUUUCAACACCAAACUUAGUCUAGUUACUGGAAUUAGAUUAAUGGUUAGACAAGAGGAUGGAAAAGUAAUGUUUUCGCAUUGGGCUUAGAAUGCUGGGUUGCCAAGUUCAAAUAUCCCUUUACAUCUCAAGAACUAAUUGGAUCAUUCUUACCUCUCAUUUGGUUUGAGCUACUGCUCUAUGUUUUGAAAUCUCGGCAAACGAUGAAAUGUUGCAAUCACGGCAAUCUGAAUAAGUUCUUAAUAAGCACUUUAGUUUAUAGCAGCUGUUAUAAACCACAAGUAUCUGAUGACAUUUCCUAAAGAAUGUGAGAGUUGUAUCUAAGAAGGAUUGACAUCACUACGUUUUUGUGAAGUAUUUUUUUUUUUAGUGAGAGAAUAAUUUUUUUAAGUACAUCUGUGAAAAACAUAUUUCAAAUUUGGUGGGAGCUUUCCCAUCAUAGUUACAUUUUGAGCCAAAAAAUUUCAAAGGUCAAUAUCCUAACAAGCAUAUUGUGUGCUCCACACACAUCACAUCCCAUCCCAUGGCAAGCUACUUUUAUAUUUCAAAAGCAGUACAUAAUAUGGCGUAGUGGACCACUGUUUAGAACAAAUGUUUCCUCAAAAAUCUAAUCAGGUAUGCCCAAGACCUUGGUCAUGCCUGACAUACUUUUCUGGAUUCUGGCCAUUGUUACUGAGAGAGCUACCUCAAAAAUGAAUGUGGGGCUACUUUGAAUCUUGCUGUUUGACCUUAACAAGGCACUUUGAGUCUCAUUCUGAUGUGCUGCCUCAAAGAGUAGAAGACAAUCAUACCAAAUUUCAAGGUUGAAUCGAGUCAAGCCUAAGACUUACACAAUAAGGCAUUUUGAACAUGGGCAGAAAUCCCUGUUUCCAUCAUUUCUAGGUUUCCCUUAAAUUUAAUUCAGGACAGCUCUAGAUGAGUUUUAUUCCUCUUGCAUUGUGCUUGGUGUCUGAUUUGUAAGGAUGUUUCUUGGCAGGCAGUUUUGGGAAAAGAGAAGGCAUGGAGGCUGUGUUUACAGUUUCUCUAUAGAUGUUUUAUUUUCAGUUGAAGGCAGAAUCUGCUUUUUAAAACUGCCUGUCCAUAUCUCAGGGUUGGAGUUAAUCAAAGUGGAAGUGUAGAUUGGUUACAAAUAUUUCCAAAUGAAUUUCCAUUAAAACCUUGCAUUACAUUUUCUUGUUAUUUUUUUGGCCGUUUUUUAGUUGAGAUUGUCUUCCACAGCAGUGUCCAACAUGAAUUUCAUAGACUCUUGUUUCCUUCUAUAUAGAGAGUAAACAGUAGAAUCCUACUUUAUGAGAAAAGUAGAAUCCUAGAAGCAACCUAAUCCAUGGAACGAUGAUAAAUAUUGAGGUAGUUUAUGGGGAACCCAGAAGAGUUAUUGUAAGAAGCAUAUAAUAUUAAGAGUAGCCUGAUCUAUUAGGGACAAGUGGUUGGAUGAUCCCAAAGCUAAAGUGGCUAUGUAGAAUUUAAAGUGGAGAUCAAUGCUCUGGGUGUUUAUUAGACAUAUACUGAUGAUGCACUGAUGGUUUUCAAAUUAAUUAAAAUCCACCAGAGGAGUUGUUCUUCUCCACAAAGAAUCCCCACUAGUAUCUGGAAAAAGGACCCACGAUUUAUUUCAGCUCCAAGAUUUGUAGAUUGUUGUAUUGCAUUUUAUGGCAUGUACUUCUAUGUUACUAUCGUCAUAGAGUGACUGGAGGAUAAACAAAUAUAGUUAGACAAGUAGCUAUGCCAGUUCAUCGUUUUAUGCUUUUGUUUGAAUAGUAAAAAAAGAGUAAAUUUGAGCACCAUAGCACACAUGCAUAGUUCUCUCUCUAAAACACUACUUUUAUCUGUGUUCCAUAGCUAAAGGAGCUGGACACAUUUUAGCCCAAUUCAUGUCCAGCAUGAGAGUAGUAAACGAUUUGGACAUUUUAGACACGCACACACACACUUUUAGGGAAAAGCUUGCACGCCCCUUGUCUCACUGGGGCAUAAAAAGGUCAUGUGCUUUGGGUCUAGCUUUUUAAAUGCAUGGGAAAUAAUAGGAAUAUGGGAUCGAUUCACUGUUUCUGCGCUUUGUAUUAUUAAAGGACGAGUCUUUCAGAGCAAAGAUAUAUCCAGAGGCCCAUCCUGACUUUAGCAGUAGGCCAUAGCUUAUAUUAAAAAAGCAAACUUGUUACUAAAUUACUGCAAUAUCUAAAAUGUUGCAUCAAGGCAACAAGUGCCCAUUUCAAUAGGUGAAUGGUAGUGGUGAAAACAGUUAACACCCUUCACUUUUUCUCAUUUCCAUGUCAAAAUGAACAGGGGUUCGAACUACUGCUGUGCAAAUACUGAUCUAAUUAUGUCCUGCAUUUCACAUGGAAGGAAAGUGUCUGUUGCAUAUUUUCAGUAUUGAGACUUGGUUUUGCAAAAGAUGGCUGUAUCACUGGGUAAAUCACAAAGACAUGUGUCUGUCUGUCUCUUUCUCUGUGUACAUAAGUUCUUCAAACAGUGCACAUCAUUUUUGCAGAUGAAAACAAUCUGUAACUAUUUCUAAAUCUGAAGAAUCUUAUUUUGAUGCCUAAGUCUUUGAGAACCAGCUUCCUCAGUGGAAGAAAAUCCUGUAGUUGUAUGUCAAUGUAGAACCACUUUUUUGUUUGUUUACUAAGAUUCUGGUGAUAUGAUCGUUUGUGAGUUUUUUUAAAUGUUCAGUGUUUGUCUUUGUUGCAAUUUGAAAAUGCCAUUAAACCAUUCAUCAUAA